AUGGUACACCUUGUGGCUGUACCAGGGUCAAUCACGGCAAGUGGCUGUGCUUGUGUCUUUAUCGACACCAUCUUCCGACUUCAUGGGUUGCCCCGUGAACUCGUAUCAGACAGAGAUCCACGCUUCACUGCUGAUUUCUGGCGUUCCGUGUUCAAAUCACUCGGAACGCGCUUGAAGAUGUCGACAUCUGAUCAUCCAGAGUCAGAUGGUCAGACGGAACGGGCAAAUCGUGUCCUUGAAGAGAUACUUCGAGGAUACUUACACUCCUUUAAGAGUUGGAGUGAGUUCUUGCCAAUGGUAGAGUUUGCCAUCAACAACUCGGUGCAUGCGUCCACGACACAUACACCGUUUUACGUGAAUGGCUUGCGCCAUCCGCGUGUACCCACCUUGCUCGAGUGUAAAACUGGUUUAAGGGGGAAAGAGACUCGCGCGAGCAAAAAACGAUUUGGUUCACGCUCAUCACACUUUGACGAUGAGGUCAUUGCGUUUGAUGCCAAUAUCGACAACAUCGAUAUCGAAGAAGAUGAUGCCAGUGAGAGCGAGUGA